UUAUCUGCCAUCACUCGCAAUGACCUUAAAUUGCUGCACACUAGUCUUUGCCAUCCGGGCGUUACUCGACUAUUGCACUACGUAAGGACUAAAAAUCUUCCAUUUUCCUGUGAUGACGUCAGAACUGUAAUAGAACAAUGUCAAGCUUGUGCAGAACUAAAGCCCCGUUUUUUUCGACAGCCGACCGGAGAACUGAUUAAAGCAAUUCAACCUUUUGAGAGAAUUAGUAUGGAUUUCAAGGGACCUCUCCCUACUGUUUCAAGAAAUAGAUAUCUACUUACCAUUAUAGAUGAAUUCUCUAGAUUCCCAUUUGCAUUUGCAUGUCCCGAUAUGUCUUCCUCUACGGUUGUUAAAUGUCUCAAUGAACUAUUCGCCCUAUUUGGAUUUCCAGCGUACGUCCACACUGACAGGGGAACUUCGUUUAUGUCUACAGAGGUGCAGCAUUUCCUCCACGAGAGAGGAAUUGCAACCAGUAGAACGACCCCUUACAGUCCGAGAGGAAACGGACAAAUAGAGAAACUUAACGGGACCUUAUGGAAAGCCAUCACCUUGGCUCUACAUUCUAAGGAAUUGGACAUAGCUAAAUGGGAACUACUACUAAAUGAUGCUCUGCAAUCCACCCGGUCAUUACUAUGCACUGCAACUAACAGGACACCACAUGAACGACUUCUUGGGUUCAACCGAAGAAGUGGUUCUGGGACAUCCUUGCCAACAUGGUUGACCAGUCCUGGUCCUGUCCUGCUGAAGAAGAACGUUAGAUCAUCUAAAUAUGAUCCCAUAAUAGAGGAAGUUGAUUUGGUAACAUGCAACCCUCAGUACGCUGUAAUCCGAACACCAAACGGACGAGAGGAAACUAUCUCAUUACGAAUGUUAGCCCCUAGGGAAGAACAAAAAGUUAUAGAAAAUGAGAAUCAGAGUGGAACAGAGCUUGAUACUGACUGCCCCAUCCAAAGCUCACCUCCCAGGAAUCAACCUACUGAUUCUAUCAUGCCUGAAGAAACCACCAGCACCACCGAAGACAUAGCCAGACCGUCCGAAACUCAAGCAGAAGAAACUACACAUACAUACAAUCUUAGAGUAAGGAGAACUAGGCCCAACUACAAAGUGUAAAAGCUCAUCAGCUUACUAGAGCUCUUACUUUGACAUUUUACUACUUUCAUUUGGUUUUGUUGACUUGACUUUAAUGUGAUAUUUGAUCUAUCAUGAUAUAUUUUAAUAAGCUAUUUUAUUUACCAUGUAAUAUCAACAUGUUACAUUAUGUCAUGCUAUUCUACAUUGUUUGUUUACUUGAAUCUCUAUUAUUAUUCCACACUUACUUAUAUCAACAUGUUACAUUAUGUCAUGCUAUUCUACAUUGUUUGUUUACUUGAAUCUCUAUUAUUAUUCCACACUUACUUAUAUCAACAUGUUACAUUUUGUCAUGCUAUUCUACAUUGUUUGUUUACUUGAAUCUCUAUUAUUAUUGUGCACUUACUUAAUUCUUUCAUUGUUGAUAAUACUAGUUAGCAUUAUUUGAACCGGGGGUGAAUGUUAUGAAAAUUAUAUUCUGUAUCGGUUGUCGUACUUAUGUUUACAUGUGCUUGUAACUCGUCCGUGAGAAUGUGUUCACGAAAUGUGUGUUGUGUAGUCAUUCAGUGUAUUAAAGCCAUACUAUACAGACAUGGUUUUCGACUCUCUUAUCUUUAUGUUCAUAACACAAACCAACUAUCUACUAAAUUACUCCAACUUACUACACUGAAUCUAGAUCUAUAAUCUAUAUUAUUAACAUCCUAACCAUAAGUGGUCUAGAUCUAAAAUAUUCUACAACUAUCUAGUAUAACCACAACGAACCCGUAACACUAAAUCUAAAAUACGCCUUACUUUCUACUAAGGACUAAGACAGAAGUACCAAAAUACUACAGCAGCAGUUAAAGCAGCAGUAAUUACAGCAGUUAAAGCAGUUGCAGCAGCAGUUAAAGCAGUAUUACAGCAGUAAUAAUUGCAGAAAUAUUAAAAUAUUUACAAGCCAGACCACAAAGAUCUUCACAUGUCACACAGACAGAGAAACUGUACUGACCACUGGUCAACUGUACAGCAAGCAGUAUGGAUCUAAUUAUUCAUACUACCC